AUGGCCAGCAUGGACCAAGAACGGCCCUGGGCCGUUCCGAAGCCCACGCCAGCCUUUGAGCCUCCAAGACUCUUAAACCCAAACAAUGUCGCCUUUCGAACGUGCAGGGUUUCCCGCAAAGUGGCGCGAGCAUGCGCGAUCGCGGCUAUCAUUCUUGUCACGGUUCUCGUGUGGCGUCUUGUCGGCGCUGAUACGUACCACCACUGUGAGGCUCAUACGGGUUUUCUUGCAUCAGCCCUGCGUGUUUCCAACACCAAAGCAUCAUCUUCUGAGGACCCAGUCAAUACUUUCCAGGACUUCAAGUCACACGGGGUGACGUGCGAUGUCUCCUCUCUGGAACUAUACGAGAGCAACAGCAGGCCCUGCCAGGAUCGCCAAUCACUCUUGAGAGCGUUGUCUUCCGGAGGGAGAAUCGGCAAGGAUGCCCCUUACCUCCCUCGAGGUUGCGGAUAUCUAUGGUACAGCACACAGGAGAUCUGUGAAAUCCUUGAUCGAUUCUCACAAGUAGUGCUGGUUGGCGACUCGAUGCUGCGUCAUGUGAUUGGCGCCAUCAACAUCCUGAUCCGCGAGGAUCUUGGGUAUGGGGGUGUGACUGACUGGAACUUCAAUUCAGUCGAGAGGUACGAUAUACGCGGAUGGGCUAUCAGUGUAGCUAUAGUGCGCUAUCCCAUACCUGACGUGGAGCUCGACCGAUUGAGAGCCGCCUUGAAAACACCAGUGCAUCGGCCCCGUGCAUUCAUUCUCGGGCACGGUCUGUGGAACAAUCUCAAUCACGAAGAGUCCCUGGCUUGGCUAGACACAGUCCUCGAGACCGUGCUGCCGAGCCUGGGGCGCAACGGUGCGAAAGCCGGGCGGGAUAGCGAAAACCACUGGCCUGUCUUGCUGAUGACACCUAAUGCUGCCGGCGAGCGCAAACCGGACCAAUGGCUGGUGAGCCAGGGAAACAAGGCACUGGUCUUGUUUGAGGAAAGGAUGGCGGCGGAGGCGGCAAAGCGACGAAUCGAUCAUCUCGGCACGUGGAACAUGAGUAUCCAGGCGUCGCUAUACGAUGGUGUCCACAUGGACAUGCGGGGCAACCUUGUCAAGGCCAUGAUGUUGCUCAACUGGCUCGGGUUUCUCUGA